AGCGCGCGCCCCCGGGACCGCGCCGGGGCCGUGGACGCGCUCGGCCGCCACCGCCCGGCUCCCCAGGACAGGACCCCGCCGGGGCCGCUCCGCCCGCCCGCGCCCGGCCUGCUGGCCCUCCCCCGCGCCCGCCCCGCCAUGAAGUACUACUGCGCGGUGGCACGGCCCCGCUACAGCCGCUACGCGCGGCGCACCGUGCACUUCCCCAACGACAUCGUCUUCCAGGACCACGUGCGGCAGGGAGACCUGGAGCAGGUGGGCCGCUUCAUCCGCGCCGGGAAGGUCUCCUUGGACACCAUCUACCCGUCGGGCAUGGCGGCGCUGCACGAGGCCGUGCUCACCGGGAGCCUGGACUGCGUGAAGCUGCUGGUGAAGUACGGCGCCGACGUGCACCAGCGCGACGAGAACGGCUGGACGGCCCUGCACAUGGCCUGCAGCGACGGGCACGCGCACAUCGCCAGGUACCUGCUGUCGCUCGGGGCGGAGCGCGAGGCCACGAACGACGAGGGCGAGAAGCCGGCGGACCUCAUCGACCCGGCCUGCGCCGACCUGGUGCAGCUCUUCGGCGCCGCCCGCGGGCAGUGACGGCCGGGCCGCACGGAGGGCGGCGGGGCCCGGCGCACGCGGGCCAGGAGCGGCGCCCGGGCCCGGCAAGGCGCGCAGCGGACAGCGCGGGCCGGGCCGGGCCGGGCCGGCGCUGCGCACGAGGGACGUGCCCGGUGCCCGGUGCUGCGCACCGCGGACAGGACGGGACGGGACGGGACGGGACGGGACAGGAGCGGUGCCGGUGCCCGGCCGGCGCUGCACCCGGGACGCGGGACGCGGAGGGACUCGGCGGGGCCGGGCCGCGCGCUCCGGCCGGGUUGUACCUUGUUGGCAAUAAAAGUCAAGGAGGCCCCGCCCACUCCGGCUCGACUCGCUCACUGGGGGCGGGGCUACCGGCAGGCCCGCCCCUCCGGCACGACUCACUCACUAGGGGCGGGGCUACCGGCAGGCCCCGCCCCCGGCCGGCCCGACUCGCUCAG